GCCUAUUGGUCACACGAGAUGCACCUCCUGACUGCUGAGGAGAGUCCAUUCAAUGAAUGAGGAGCGAGAUGCACAAACAUUCAAUGAGGGUGUGAUGUAGAAAAACUUUCUGAGGAUAUUUCGAAAGGUUAAAACUGAAAGGUUUCGAAUAGGGUCACGUCAGCCUGCCAGUAUGAUGAAAGAUUGCCUUCAGUUCCUCAUUGAGCCAGCCAAGAAGCUCAAGUUUCGUCUCAAGGAGACGCGGAAAAGAGUGAAACAAAUAAAGAAAGAGCCGUUAACGGAGAGUCAGCUGUUCAUAAUGGAGCUCGCACGAGAACUCAACAGGAUCUGUCAGAGGUCAGAUAUUCUGGCUCACAUCUGGACCGGACAGGACGUAUGGCCUCCGCACGCCUGUCGAGAGUUCAUUGUGGAGACUGCCAACAUUCUGGAGAUGAAGGAAAAUACAGAGAAGCCCAUACAAGUUUAUGCCGAUCUGCAUCCAGAAAAGCGGGACUGGAAGAGUCAUUUACUGAGCAUGCUUGAGCAGGAAGGAGAGCACGACAUGGGCACAUAUAAAAGGAUCAUCAUGGACUGGACCAGAGGACAGCGCAACAGACACCCGCAUGGUAUUUGGCCGGGUGAGGCGGUGUUGAUGAUGUUGGAUGACGUGGAGCUGCAGUGGAAGCGGGGUCACCUGUCACACCUGCAGUCUGCUGUGGAGCUGCUCAUUGGGGUGGUUCUUGGGGAACACCUGGACAAGGAGCUCAUUCCAAGACUGUGGCUGGUACAAAAACAAAAGACCCAGAAGAUCGAUUGCGCUGGCUACAUUCCACACAUUGUGUGGAACUGGAUAUGUGAUGCUGCAGUGGAGGUGACUUUUGACCCAGAAACGGCCAACCCUACCCUUGUCCUGUCUGAGGACCGCAAGCGCAUGCAGUGCGGUCUGGAGCGGCGCGCGGUCCCCGGCAGCCGGCGCCGCUUCGACGGCUGGUGGUGUUGUCUCGGCUCAGAGGGCUUCUCGUCAGGACGCCGGUACUGGGAGGUAGAAGUGGGCGACCGUGAUUGGCGUCUCGGUGUGGCCAAAGAAUCGGCCCUCUGCAAAGGCUACAGACCGCUCAACACUCAGAGCGGAUACCUCACCCUCAGGCUGGAGCGGGGGUCCGAGCUCAAGGCCCUGACCACACCGCCUACCUUCUUGCCCCAGUCGCUCAUCCCACGGAGGGUGGGAGUCUACCUGGACUAUGAGGAGGGGCAGCUGUCCUUCUAUGACACGCAAAAGCGAGCACACCUCUACACAUACAGCGAGAGGUUCACAGAGAAGCUUUACCCGGUGUUUGGGACGGUGGAGAUGGUGCGUGAGAUGGUGAUCAGGCCUGCAGAUCUGAGGGAGCGAUGUCUCUGUAAGGGACAGUGUCUGUUCUACUAAUGUACAUAACGAACGCACAAUUCUCACGCACAUGGAUACGAAAAAAUCACACAACAUAAAACAUUGAUCAAAGCUUACAAAAAACAAGUAGUUUGAAGGGUGCAUAGAAGCCAUUUUACAUUUUUUAGAGUAGCUGAAGCUGUAAUUUCUGCACUACAAGGAAUUAAAAAAAAGAAUUCUUGUUAAACAGUCUGUGAUUGGUUCAAGUAGGGAUAAAUGCAGGCUGGAGCAAUGGGCCUGGCUAAAGGUUCGGGCGUGCCGAAAGAUAGGGGAGUGGAGUAAGGUCUUUAUGAUUGGUCGACACAGCUGUUUGGGGGUAGGAUUAGGGGUAGUUUCAGUUGUACCGAUUCACCUUUCAGAAUCCCUCCUUCAGCACGCCCAUUGCUCCAGUCUGCAGCUACCCCUGUCUCGAUUGGUCAGACAAACAGAUAGCCCCACCCAAAACUCAUGUUGGUUCUGCACUGAUGAUGUAUUUUUGUAGGCAGAUCUGGAAGUUAGCAUCACCCUGGUUCCCUUGACAAACACCCUAUAGGAUUUUUCCAUUGGCUUUUGGCUAAACAAAGCUUUGCGAAGCAUCAAGGCUUUCCUCUCAACUGUAUCGCAAAAGUGGUUAUUACUCAAAGCUUUUGGAUUAUUGCAGAAAAUAAGCUUUGUGACCAACAAAAGUUUAUGAUUCUUACACAUUUUGUUCAUCAUGAUAAUCUUCACAAAUAAACACAACUUUUUAUGAAAUUUAAAGCCUAAAUACA